AUGUUUUCUGACGAUAGUUUAACAUUUGGACAAGCAGAAGGUUACUAUGAUGCUGCUAUGCAAGCAACUGAAACAAUUAAAGCACACAAUAUUGCUAUUGUUGUAAUAAAUUCAAAUACCGGUCUACAUUUAACAUCAGAAAAAACGAUGGCAUUCUUCAAAAAAUAUUCAUGCAAUGUAUUAGGAAUUCCGAUUAAAUCAAUUCAAAUCACUCAAGAUCGAUCUUUAUCUACACAACAAAUGGCUGAUAUUGGAGAAAAAGUUGUACCAUAUAAAGUUGUUAAUUCUCUUGAAGAGGCAUUGCAAUCAGCUGAACGAUUUGGUUAUCCAGUUCUUGCUCGAUAUGAUGUUGUUUCAUUUGAUGAUCGUAGAUCCAGUUAUGCCAAUAACCGUGAAGAAUUAAUUGCUUUAGUUAAUUCAGCAUUAAUUAAUUCAUCUCAAUUAUUCAUUGAUAAAUCAGUUAAAGGUUGGAAAAAAGUUCAAUAUGAAGUUAUAUGUAACAUGGAAAAUACUGAUCCAUUAGCACUUCGUACUGGUGAAUCAAUUGUUGUUGUAGCAAGUCAAACAUUAUCAAAUGAUGAAUAUAGUUUAUUACGCAGUGUAUUAAUUGAAGUUGUUCGUCAUUUGAGUAUUAUUGGUGCCUGUAAUGUACAAUUUGCAUUAAAGCCAUUAUCUAGUGAAUAUUAUAGAAUGCGAGUAAAUGCACAAUUAUCUCGUUUAUCUGCAUUGACAUCAAAAGCAACUGGUUAUUCAUUAGCAUAUAUAACAGCUGAACUUGCAAUUGGAAUGAGCUUAAUUGAUUUAAACAAUAGUAUCACAAAUGAAACAUCAGCUUGUUUUAAACCAAGUCUUGAUUAUAUUGUAAUGAAAGUUCCAAAAUUAGAUUUAAGAAAAUUUCUUCGAUGUUCAAAUGAAAUUGAAAGUUCUAAUAAGUGA